AUGAGACUUGUGGUGAAAUUAAGACCCGGCCUGCUGCCCAGCUCCUACAGGCCUGAUCUCAUCCUCGGCUCAUCGCACAGCAACACCCACUUCCAGUCAACCAAUAACCGCCAGGCCAGCAAGUUAAAAGCCGGAGACGCCCACUUCCCAGCUUUCUCAAGCUUUGCAUGCGUUGUUCUGGAGGGGUCGCUUUUCUGCUCACGUGUUGCUCGUCGCGUGUGA